AUGAACGAGGAUUUCACAGAGGUGUACGACGAUUACUAUUAUGAUUACGGUAUUUACAUGUUCAAUGGAUCUUAUCAACUGGAGCAGGGAAAUCAGCACAUUCGGGUGGUGUCCAUUGUCAUCUACAGCAUCGUGUGCAUCCUCGGUAUCCCAGGCAACGCCUUUGUCAUCUGGAUAGCUGGAGUGAAGAUGAAGAGGACAGUCAACACCGUCUGGUUUGUAAACUUGGCUGUAGCAGACCUCCUCUGCUGUUUCUCCAUACCCUUCCGCAUAGCUAUGAUCAAACUGGAACACAACUGGCCGUUCGGAGAGGCUAUGUGCAAGGUUAUGCCCUAGGUAAUGUACCUCAGCAUGAUCGCCAGCGUCUUCACUCUGGUUCUGAUCAGCCUAGACCGCUUUGUCCUGGUCAUACGGCCCGUAUGGGCCCAGAACCACCGGAAAAUCACACUGGCGUGGCUGCAGUGUGGUCUGGCCUGGUUCCUGGCCAUGCUCCUCAGUCUCCCCGACAUGAUCCAUAAUCAGACCAUCAAUAUUGAUGACAACUUAAUUUGGUGCGGCAGUUCUUCCUUCAGCUUCUCCUCGAAUAUGCAAGCCAAAAUUUUCUCCUUGCAAAUACAAGCCAAAAUGUUAUCCAGGCUGGUCCUCGGCUUCCUCGUUCCCCUGUUGGUCAUCGCUGUCUGCUACCUCCUCAUCGGCAGGAGGGUGAGCAGAGGUCGCUUCAAGUCACAGAGGGUCUUACAGGUCAUUCUGAGCGUGGUGGCAGCAUUCGUUGUGUGCUGGCUGCCGUAUCACAUCAUAGUUCUUUUGAUUUUGUAUAGGUUAGAGUCCUUUGAAGUGGUGGCUCUGUACCCCCUGGGAUGCUCUCUGGCCUAUGUCAACAGCUGCCUCAACCCUAUCCUGUACGUGUUCAUCGGACAGGACUUCAAGGAGAUUGUCAAGGUCUCUCUCCAUAAAGUAUUUGAGAAUGUCUUCAGCGAGGAUGUCUGA